GCGGGCCGUCAGCAGCAGCAGGCUGUGAACACCGCAGUGCUUGCUACAGCUCAGCCUGCUCUCCGUGUUCGCCUUUCUUCCUCAGCAGCGUCGACACGGAGGAAAACAGACGUCCAGCCGGUGGUUUUCACCCUAAACACAGGAGGUCUGAAAACCCCGCUUCUCCUUUUCCUGUCCGCCCGCAGUUGCAGGUUGGAGCAGUGGUCAGCACUGUUGGCAACAAGAAGGUCCCAGAUUUGAAUAUUGGUUGUAGCCCUAGGUGCAGUGUGUGGUGUAAAUAGAACAGGAUUCAGAAGAUAAACUUGCUGGUUUCACUGCUGAGGACUCACUAGAACGGUUUUUCCAGUCACAGACCUUCUGAAGAGGUCAAAGGUGCGGCGGGGGCGAGGCUGCUCACAGGUCAAAACAAACCUGACGCCAUGGAUGUGGAUGAGGAGGAAAACAUGAGAUCCUGCAACGAAGGCGUUGUAAGUUACUCUUUCUGGGCACCGCAGGUUCAAGCAGCACAGACGUUAAGGAAAACCGAAACCUGGACAACGUGUCCUGCAAAGACGGGAUGGGAGUCGGUGAUCAGCUCCCCAAUGGAAGCGGCCAUGGCAGUCGAAAGCGCCCCUUAGAGGAGGGGAACAAUGGGCAGGCCCAUUCCAAGUUCCGGGCAAAGAAGCGCAAGAAAACACCAGGGCCGGUGCUGCCCAAAAAUGCUCUGAUGCAGCUAAAUGAGAUCAAACCAGGUCUGCAGUACAAGCUGCUGUCUCAGACUGGGCCGGUCCAUGCACCAGUGUUUGUCAUGACUGUGGAGGUUAAUGGGCAGAUGUUUGAGGGCAUGGGUCCGACUAAGAAGAAGGCUAAGCUGAAUGCAGCCGAGAAAGCGCUGCGUUCAUUUGUUCAGUUCCCCAAUGCAUCUGAGGCCCACCUGGCCAUGGGUCGUACACUGACGGUGAAUACUGACUUUACAUCAGAUCAAGCAGACUUCCCUGACAUGCUCUUUAAUGGCUUUGAGACACCCGCCACACCUGAAGAAUCCUUCUAUCUAGGCUCCAACGGUACAAACUCACUAGGGGAGUAUCCGUUACCCACACCACCUGGCAGCAACCUUGCCCAGGCUCCUUUACCCCCUCCAUCUGUAUUCAGCUCACCCUCCACUGGCAAAAAUCCAGUCAUGAUCCUCAAUGAGCUCAGGCCAGGCCUCAAAUAUGACUUUGUCUCAGAGAGUGGUGAAAGUCAUGCCAAGAAUUUUGUGAUGUCAGUAACAGUGGACUCACAGACGUUUGAAGGCUCAGGGCGGAACAAAAAGUUGGCGAAAGCCCGGGCAGCACAGGCCGCCCUCUCUGCUCUCUUCAACAUGCAACUAGACCAGACACCGUCCAGGCAACCCAUACCAAGAGAGGGGUUGCAACUUCACCUUCCCCAGGUUCUGGCUGACGCUGUGUCUCGCCUGGUGGUGGACAAGUUCAGUGAGCUGACAGACAACUUCACCUCCCCCCAUGCACGACGAAAAGUCCUGGCAGGAGUCGUCAUGACAACAGGGACUGAUGUGAAGGAAGCACAGGUCAUCUGUGUCUCCACUGGAACCAAGUGCAUCAACGGCGAGUACAUGAGCGACCGUGGCCUGGCACUUAACGACUGCCAUGCGGAGAUAAUCGCCCGGCGCUCGCUCAUCAGGUACCUCUACACCCAGCUGGAGUUCUUCCUCAGCAACAUUAAAGACGACCAUCACAAGUCUAUAUUUGUGCCAUGUGACAAGGGAGGCUACAAAUUAAAGGACAACGUUCAGUUCCACCUGUACAUCAGCACCUCACCAUGCGGAGACGCAAGGAUUUUCUCUCCGCAUGAAGCCGGAGUGGAAGAUCAGGGUGACCGACACCCAAACCGCAAAGCAAGAGGUCAGCUCAGGACCAAAAUUGAGUCAGGGGAGGGCACCAUUCCUGUACGAUCCAGUAACACCAUCCAGACCUGGGAUGGUGUGCUUCAAGGAGAGAGGUUGCUCACCAUGUCCUGCAGCGACAAGAUUGCAAGGUGGAAUGUGGUGGGCAUUCAAGGCUCUUUAAUGAGCUACUUCACUGAGCCCAUCUACUUCUCCAGCAUCAUCCUGGGCAGCCUUUACCAUGCUGACCACCUCUCCAGGGCCAUGUACCAGCGCAUUGCAGAUAUCGAGGACCUGCCCCAGCAGUUCACCCUCAACAGGCCUCUUCUCAGUGGGAUAAGCAAUGCUGAGGCCAGGCAGCCGGGCAAGGCACCAAACUUUAGUGUGAACUGGACGGUUGGCGAUCAGGCGCUGGAGGUGAUCAACGCAACCACGGGGAAGGACGACAUGGGCCGCCCUUCAAGACUCUGCAAACACGCCCUUUACAGCCGCUGGGUGCGCCUCCACUCCAAGUUGUCAUCCGUCCUACGGAUCAAGGUACUCAAGCCCAGCUCGUACCAUGAGGCCAAGCAGGCGGCCAUGGAGUACCACUCUGCUAAGAAGGCUCUCAUCAAGGCCUUCCAUAAGGCCGGCCUGGGAGCCUGGGUCAAAAAGCCCAUCGAGCAAGACCAGUUCACCCUUAGCUCCUGAUUGAGUCCAGGGACCAUAUGGGGGGGGGGCAGGGAGUUCCCAAUGCACCAGCUCCUCCCUCCUUCCUUGACCCAGGCCAGAAAGCUUAGAGAGUCCCUCGGUAUCAACCAGGCAUUUAAUUUCCAUCCCCAUGUGCCAGCUACUACGCAUGUGCACUUUUCACCUGCGUGAUUUCACAAACUCUCCAUAGCUCAUCAUUCCUCAGAGGACCUCAUGUUGUUUCUCAUUUGUAAUAAACCUAUUAUUUGCUUUCACUUGUUUUCUGUUUUUUUAACUGGAACCAUUGUUCUUUUUUUUUCAUCAUCUAGUUCUUUUCAGAACAAAAUCAUUUACCUUAUGCUGUAGACGUGGAAAAAUUGGCAAGAUGAGUGUAGCCAUUUUAGGUUGAGAUGUAGCCUAGAAGGAUGGCUAGAUUUUUUUUUUUUGUUGUUGACUAAAACCAAUGUGUAUGGACCUAAAGAAAUAUACAUGCUGACCUUUAAUUUAAUAAUGCAUAAAUCCUCAAGAUGUAAAUUUAGUUCAGAAAAGGUGAAAAUAUUGUAGGUUUAACAUAUAACUGGUUUUAUUCAGAUGCCUUUUUAACUCCUUUUAUUAAAGGUGAAAAUGAAACAAUGUCGCCCUGUUUGAUUGACUCGACAAAAUAAGGAUCCCAACAGGAGUGACACACUCAUGGUCCUUUUUAGCAGUUUUGUUUUUAUAUUCAUUUGUUUGUUCAUUCAUUUUGUCCUCUUAACACAUUCCCCAUCACUGUCACUUCAUACUUGAACAUCUGGGUGGGUCAUGUUGGAUUCCUCCCCAUCGGCUGGGUCCCGAGAUGAAGCUUUAGGAGAUGCUGCUCAUCCUAUAUAUUUUUUUUACUUAUUUUUCCUUUUCUUCUUCUUGAAUCCAUGGCUUUGCAUGGAAACUGAACUGAGAGGCUUGCCGAGCUGAAAACAAGCAAAGGGAAACUCUAUGCGUCUAUGAUUUUGAAUGAAUGCCAGCAACUUUCUCCACAGGCAGCUUUGAAUCUUUCUCUGUUUUCUAACUUUUUUGUGAUUGAUUGAAUGAUUUUUUGGGGGGGCGGGGCUAAGAGAGGAGGGUUUUUUUUUCUUUUCUUUACUUUCUGUGUGCCCUUAUCCAAAAAUAAUGAUUGGAAAUGAAACUGCUAAGAGAACAGUGGCAGUAGAAGGAAACUUGUCAGACCCCGUUUUUACACCAUGCAGCCGUCAGAUCAGAUAACAGUAGAUGUCCUGUAGCACACGUAUGGUACAGUAUAUGAUGCUAGAUUCAAAGUAUGCCACAUUAAGCCCAUCUGUGGUGGCUGUGAUGCAAACAUGUCCCAAUCUCCACACUGUUGACCUUGGAAGCACCUUCGAAGACCGCGCAUGAACAGACUCGGAAGCCGUAUGCUGAAACCCGAUGCCAAUAGUUUCCAACCAAAUGUACAGUUUCGCAGUUUGAUGUUCAGCCUCCUGUAUUAACACCCCUCUGUGUACAAACUGUUCACCGUCAGUAAGUACUCUCCCAUAUCUUAAACCAGUCAGUGAAGAUGCAUUUCUAAGAAACUUCAAUUAAUUCCUGUUUCCAGCUGUAGGGGAAAAAAAUGUUUGCGUGUGAAAUUUGUGUGUGCUCAGGUGUCUUUCAGCAUACUCAGUUAAAUUUUCACCAAAGAUGUAGAUUUUCACCUGUUCCUCCCCAGUGUUUUCUUAACACCCGUUUUCUAAUAGCUUGGCAUAAUUUUACCAUCAGCCCUUUACUGGCAACUUUUUUUUUUCUAACUCUGCACAAUGUAUUUGUGUUUUGUGCAAGAAAAAAAAAAAAAAAGUAAGAAAAAAAAAAGUCUAUGAC